AUGAUCCAGAGUCUUUACACUGUACUUUGCAUUCUCCUCUCCGAUAUCAACAUGAGCUUCCACGAAUCUGCCAUUCACAUCGAGCUGGAGGAUGGUCAUAUCCUCAAAGCUAUCCUGCGCAAUGAAGAUGGCGAUGAGCAAGAGUCUACUCUCGACUUGAACAACAUCAUUGGGAACAAUGAUGGUCACUUCUACUGGGAGGGCGAGAACUUCCGCGAAAGCGCCUCGGAUAUCAGCUUCGAUCGUGAGGGCGAUGAGGAGAUCCCUGUUCUUCGGGCGGUUCUGGGUAACAUGGAGGGAGGUGAACAGGAUGCGGAUAUUAAUCUCGCGGAGCGGAUCACAAACAACAAUGGAGAAUUGGUCUUUCAAUAG